AUGGACUCCCCCCUCGUGACGCAGCUCUUUCGACAGCUGUUCCGCCAACAACACUCGGCAUGUCGUGCUCGGAGGACUAUAGCGGCUCUGCCGUCGGCUGCUCUGCGUCACGGCCGCGGUGGCAGCACCGUUGUGUCGCCGUCGCAGGAGCAGAGGAGAGGCAUGGCCUCGUCGGGGCGCCCAGGCGCAAGAGGCGCCACAAAACAGUUCGGCAAGGCCAAUGAGAGCGAUUGGCAGCAGAGAACAGAGUUAUUCUCCUUUGACAUGUCCGAAGAGUACAAAUCGUACCCCUUGGUCACGGCAGAAGAGUUGGAGAGCAGGAAAGAGAGGCCGAGAAAGGUCAAGAUGCUGAUGCGGGACUUCAUUGAUGACAGUCUCUAUAAUCCCCACUACGGCUAUUUCUCAAAACAAGCCGUCAUCUUUACGCCUGGUGAACCGUUCGACUUCAACUCGUUCAAAGACGAACCUGCCUUUGCUGAGGAAAACAGUCGGCGGUGGACCGAAUUCGAGGACAAGCUCGACACGAAACUGACCGAGCCAAAUGACACGCGGCAACUGUGGCAUACGCCGACCGAAUUGUUCCAGCCAUAUUACGGCCAAGCGAUAGCUCGGUAUCUCAUGGCCAAUUACAUCAUGAAGACCUACCCGUAUCACGACCUGAUUGUAUACGAAAUGGGUGCCGGAAGAGGAACCCUGAUGAUGAACAUUCUCGACUACAUUCGCGAGGAGGAACCGUCGGUUUACGACAGAGUCAAGUACAAGAUCAUUGAGAUCAGUCCAUCGCUGGCCGCUAUACAGAAUUCUCAGCUUAUGCGAGACGCUGCUAGCAAGGGGCACGCCGACAAGGUUGAAAUCAUCAACAAGUCCGUAUUUGAGUGGACGGAGCGUGUGCCGUCGCAAUGCUUCUUCAUUGCGCUCGAGGUUUUUGACAAUUUUGCCCACGACAUCAUCCGCUACGACCUAAAGACGGAGGAGCCGCUGCAGGGUAUGGUUCUGAUUACGGAGAACAACGAUUUUUACGAGUUCUACGAGCCAGUGUUGGAUCCAGUCGCUGCGAGAUUCUUGCGCGUGAGGCACGCAGCCACCAAUGGUCGAUACCAAGUCCCUUACAGCAACAGCAAGGCUGUGCGCUGGCUCAAGCAGCAGAUGCCCUUUGCGCCCAACCUCAGUGACGCCGAGUACAUACCAACGAGGCUCAUGCAGUUCUUUGACAUUCUGGAAAAGUACUUUCCCGCUCAUAGACUCGUGACGAGCGAUUUCCACACCUUGUCCGACGCCGUCAAGGGCUUGAACAGUCCAGUGGUGCAGACACGAUAUCAGCGGCGCAUGAUUCCCGUCACCACGCCUCUCGUCCAUCAGGGCUACUUUGAUAUCUUGUUCCCAACCGACUUUAGGACGACAGAAGCCAUGUACGGCGCCGUCACGGGCAAGCUGUCCAAGGUCAUGUCGCACGAGGAAUUCAUGCGUCGUUGGGCUUUUGUAGAGGACACCACGGUACAGAGCGGAGAGAAUCCAUUGCUGAGCUGGUAUAAAAAUGCCAGUGUCAUGAUCACGACGAAUUAA